GGGCUACCAUUUACCUUAUAGCUAAGUUUUAUCUUUAGAAUAUAAAAACUUUAAAGCAGUAAUUAAAUUCUUCGUAGUUCUAUAGAGUAUUUCUAGAUUAAACGCCCAUACAAAUUUAAUAAUAAUUAUUAAAUAUUUUACGUCAUUUAAAAACAACCAAUUCUUGUGAAUGUACUGUUUGAUUACAUUUCUAUUGGAGCAGUACUAGACUUGUAAUUAGGUAGUCAAAUAAAAUUAAUCUACAUUAUUAUUAUUUAUAACGUAAGAAGCAAUGCUAAAUUACCUUUUUUGAGUCCUAUAUAAUUAACAAACAUUCCAGUAAAUUGAAAUAUUAUUAUUCAUGAUGGGACUUAAUAAGUAUCUUAUUUAAAUUAUUUUUUUUAAUAUUUAUAUAUUCGUGUACUAUAUAAACUAUUGAAACAUUUUAAAAUAUGACUUGGGGAUUUGUUACUUGUGGACCAAAUGAAGCCUUGGUUAUUUCAGGCUUCUGUUAUAGUAAACCAAAUUUAGUACCAGGUGGGCGAGCAUUUGUUUGGCCAGUCCUUCAGUAUUGCCAAAGAAUUUGUUUAAACACUAUGACAAUACAAGUCGAUAGCCCCAAAGUAUAUACCAGUCAAGGUGUGCCAUUAUCUGUCACAGGAAUCGCUCAGGUUAAAAUACAAGGUCAAAACGAAGAAAUGCUUUUAACAGCGUGUGAACAGUUUUUGGGUAAAUCAAAAAAUGAAAUACAUGAAAUUGCCCUGCAUACUUUAGAAGGUCAUCAACGAGCUAUUAUGGGGACAAUGACUGUUGAGGAAAUUUAUAAAGAUCGCAAGAAAUUUAGUAAACAAGUAUUUGAAGUAGCUUCUUCUGAUUUGGUAAACAUGGGCAUUACUGUUGUGUCGUAUACCAUUAAAGACAUUAGAGAUGAAGAGGGAUAUCUUAAGGCUCUGGGUUUAGCUCGAACAGCUGAAGUCAAAAGAGAUGCUCGUAUUGGAGAAGCUGAGGCGAAAAAAGAAACGACAAUUAAGGAAGCAGUAGCCGAAGAAGAAAGAAUGGCAGCAAAGCUAAUAAACGAUACUGAAAUAGCUAAAGCGCAAAGAGAUUUUGAAUUAAAAAAGGCUGCGUAUGACGUUGAAAUUCAAACAAAAAAAGCUGAAGCAGAAUUAGCUUAUGAACUUCAAGCUGCAAAAACAAGACAACGCAUUAAAGAGGAACAAAUGCAAAUAGACGUUGUUGAAAGAACUCAACAAAUAGCUGUUCAAGAACAAGAAAUUCAAAGAAGGGAACGCGAAUUAGAAGCAACCAUAAGAAGACCGGCUGAAGCCGAAAAAUUCAGAUUGGAAAAAUUAGCACAAGCUAAUCGAACUCGAAUAAUUUUGGAGGCAGAGGCUGAAGCUGAAGCGCUUAGACUUAAAGGAGAAGCAGAAUCGUUUGCUAUUCGAGCAAAAGCAAAAGCUGAUGCGGAACAAGCACUGAAAAAAGCUGAUGCCUGGAGAGAAUAUAAAAAAGCCGCAAUUAUUGAUAUGGUUUUGCAAGCAUUACCAAAGCUGGCUGCUGAAGUUGCUGCUCCAUUUGAUAAUACCAAAAAAGUAACCAUGGUAGCCAGUGGUGAUGGUGAUGUAGGAGCUGUUAAAUUGACUAAUGAAGUUAUUCAAAUUGUUAACAAAGUGCCUGAAAUGGUAACUACAUUAACUGGAGUCAAAAUAAAUGAUGUUAUGAAUAUGUAAAUAAAUUGCUUGGACUUAAAUUUGGAUUACAAUAUUAUUGGUAUAAUACAUCAAGCCUGUACGAGUAUUUUAAGAAAAUCAGAAAAGAAGACUUAAAAAUUAUAAUAACUAUAAUUUAAGUUAACCAUUUAAUCAUUAUUUUUACUAUUCUAUUAUUUAUUAUACUAAUCAUCUUCAAUUACUUGUGUUUACUUUUGUUUUUAUAUAAAGAAUUAAAUGAAUAAUGAUAUAUUUAUAUUAAUUUUUUUUUUAUAUGCAACUAUAGCAUAUUAAUUAAUGAGCCCUAUAUUAUUGUCGUGCCUAAUUUUUACUAUUUUUUUUAUAACUUAAUGAUAUGUUUUAACUUUGCUUAGCUACAUUUUGAAAAUUGUGAAAAAUAUAUUUUCUAUUUUAUUAGUGUUUACAGCUACCUAUUAAAUAUUUUUAUAUUUAGUCAGAUUUAUGUGUAUCAAAGAAUAUAAAUUAUUUUAAACUUAA